UCCAAUGAAACCAUAAUGAGGGUAGUUUUUGGCAUUUGUUGGAGAACAAACUGUUAAUCUUAUUGUUCAAGCUCAACAAAGGUACUAGGUACAAAAAGUAUGUUUGAAUUUGAUAGAUAAUGGAUUUGCCAAUCAUAAUAAUGAGAACGAAGCCAUUUGUAAUCGAGCAGCCCAGAUACAACAUUUCCCAGAGUUCCAUUUUAUGGCUAACAAAUCGAUUGUCUCUAAGGCAACCAAAAUACUUUUCCAGCGUAACGAAGUUCAUAAAUUACACCAGUUAGUGAGUACAAAAACUCAACGAAAUGCAAAGAGGCAGAGGGCAGAUUCCCCUUUGAGGUCGCACUAGCCAUGUCUGUGAGACGCCUCAGCAAAGUUCAGCAGGAGGAGGCUCAAUGUAAAGAGGGUGCUGGGGAUGCAGAUUCAUGCGACAGCUCCACCUCAGAUCGAUGCAGCCCUUUAAGAUCCAGCCAGGAGUAUAGCAGUAGGGAGGGCUCUGAGGGCUCUCUAUCCCAGUGUGAAUAUGAAGACUAUGAAGACAAGACUGUGACCCCUUUAACACUCAAAAAGACAUCAAAGCCUCAAACUCAAAACAAGAGAGGACAGCAUUGCUUCAAGCGGAGUCACAAAGCCAUCCGCAAAGCCCCGAUGAUUCCUCCUAUCAAGCCUCAGGAUGGUCUAAAGCAGCGAAUCAGGUCGGCCCAUACGCACCGCAUCAAAGAGCUGACCAACCAGGUGUGGGCACUGCAGCAGCAGCUUGCUGGGGCCGCCAACGAGAACAGACUGCUGAGACAGCUCCAGGGUCGCCACACAGCUGCACUGCAGCGCUUUCAGGACGCUCAGAGUGACCUGCCACAGGUUCUCCAGAACCACAGCUGCGAGAUGCGCUCCCUGCAGGAGCUGCUCCGCAAGGCCCGCAUGCGCCGCAACAGCUUCGCCCGGCGCCUGAGGGCCACGGAGGACGAGCUGCUGCGCACCGGGGACGCCCUGCGGCGCCUGCGGCUGCUCAGCCAGGACCAGAGCCUGGGGGAGAGGAACGAGCUGACCCACAAGCUGGCCCUGGCCACCGCAGACCUGGAGGGGAAGACCAGGAGGACGCAGGACUUGCAGAGGAAUCUUGAGCUGAGCCAUGCCUCGUUCAAUCGCCAAAUUGCCUCUGAAAUGAGGAAGACCAAUGAGGCACGACAGCUGUCUGAAUAUCUUAAAGAGCAGAUCUGUCUGUUGACCCAAAAGAUAAAGGAAAGGGAAAGAGAAUUGGAGAUCAACAAUAUCUACUCGCACAGGUUUCCAAAAGGCUUGAACGGAAAAUGCUUGAAAGAAUCCAAGUUGGUUCAGACUGACGCCGUGUCUCCUCUCCGGAUCGAGGCGCCUGCUUAUCCACUGGAGUUAGAAUAUCCCAACACUGACCCAGAGCUGGAGAAGCAGACCACAUUGGUCAACUGGACACCAUUAGCCAUUGACCACACAGUGCCUGAGGAGGAAGUGGCAGAGAAGUCAGGGGCAGAAGAAAGGCCUCAGGACAAUGAAGAGGGUUCCGAUGAGCCUCAGGAUGGCUUUUCUAGCGAAGAUGGUUGCCCAGAUGAAGAGAGCUACCUUGCAGUGGAAGAGGCAACCUCCACCCAGAAUCUGGAGGGAGAGCAACCCAAGCCAAGCGACAACCAAGUCCAUUUCACCCUGGAGCACUUUCUACAAACCGAAAACCUCCCCAACAAGGACCUCAAGUCCCCCUCAAGGAUCAGGCGUCACUACACGUUCAAGGAGACCACCCUAAACCUCCACAGCGGAAAGCCAGCCUACAGCACCCACAAACACAGUCUGAGGAGGAGCCCCCCGCAGGUCCUCAAGAGCCAGGCGAGGGUUGACAACCUGGGGUCCGGGGCGUACGAGCCCUCCUUCGUCACCCUGCCCACUGGGACUGGGCUGAGGCGGGUCAGCCCCCAGACGGAGGAGGUGGGGCUCCACAGUAAGAAGAGCAGCCUGAUGAAAGAGCUCUUUGGACCAGGACAGAUCACUGAAUUGCUACCUGUGCAAAAGGGCAGAUCCAGGGGUCAGGGUCUGGACAGGCUGUCCACCUACCACACGGGUGAGCCUCACCUCACUUGGCAGAGAGACCAAGACCAUCUAUGACUGACUUAGUGAAUGUACAAGACCUCAUAUAUUUUGAUAACUUCAUUGCUGAAUGUCUGAAAUAAAUUUGCUAUAGCUAAGCACACUAUGGAAUAGACU